AUGGUCCUCGCCCGCGCCGGCGCCAGGGCGCUGCGCGGGGCAGCGCGAGCUGCCAUCCCCUGCCUUUGGAGAGGAAGACACUUCAGCUCCGGGAAAGAGCCGGUGGAAAACCACCCGGUGACGCCGAUGCUGCAGCAUCUCGUGUACAAAAUCAAGUCCACCGGCCCCAUCACUGUGGCCGAGUACAUGAAGGAGGUCCUGACCAACCCAGCCAAGGGAUAUUAUGUGCACCGUGAUAUGCUGGGAGAAAAAGGAGAUUUCAUCACUUCACCUGAAAUAAGCCAGAUCUUUGGGGAGCUGCUAGGGAUAUGGUUUAUUAGCGAAUGGAUGGCCACUGGGAAAAGUGCAGCUUUCCAGCUGGUGGAACUGGGUCCAGGUCGGGGUACCCUCGCAGGAGAUAUUUUGAGGGUGUUUAGUCAGCUUGGAUCUGUGCUGAAAAACUGUGACAUUUCCAUACAUCUAGUAGAGGUGAGCCAACAAUUAAGUGAGAUUCAAGCAUUAACUCUGACUGAAGGGAAGGCCCCAUUAGAGCGAAGUGAUGGAUCCCCAGUAUACAUGAGAGGUGUUACUACGUCUGGGAUUCCAAUUUCCUGGUACCGAGAUCUACAGGAUGUUCCAAAAGAGUACAGCUUUUAUGUUGCACAUGAAUUUUUUGACGUCCUUCCUGUGCACAAGUUCCAGAAAACCUCACACGGAUGGCGAGAAGUGCUCAUUGAUAUUGACCCACAAGUUUCUGAUAAACUGAGGUUUGUUCUGGCGCCGUGUGCCACCCCAGCAGAAGCCUUCAUACAACACGAUGAGACCAGGGAUCAUGUGGAAGUGUGUCCCGAGGCCGGUGUUAUUGUUCAGGAACUUUCUCAGCGCAUCGCUCUGACCGGAGGUGCUGCCCUGAUUGCUGACUACGGUCAUGACGGGACUAAGACAGAUACCUUCAGAGGGUUUUGUGGCCACAAGCUUCAUGAUGUCUUAAUUGCCCCAGGAACAGCCGACCUAACAGCCGACGUGGACUUCAGCUAUUUGCGCAGAAUGGCACAGGGAACAGUGGCUUCUCUGGGCCCAAUAAAGCAACACGCGUUUUUAAAAAACAUGGGCAUUGAUGUCCGGCUAAAGGUUCUUUUAAGUAAAUCUGCUGAGCCAUCACUGAGGCAGCAGCUACUUCAGGGAUAUGAUAUGUUAAUGAAUCCUAAGAAGAUGGGAGAACGAUUUAACUUUUUUGCCUUGCUGCCUCAUCAGAGACUUCAUGGUCCAAGCCAAGAGAGAAAUGCAAAUCAGUCAAAACCUUCUCCAUCACCUGUGGCUGGAUUUAGUGAACUUACUUGGCAGUGA